AUGAAAAAUAAAUACAGUUAUUUAAAUUCAAAAUACCAAACAAGUGACACAUAUAGUGUAUUUUUUAAAAGUAAACUCAACAUCCGAGAAAGUACAGAAGUGGCUAUCCAUCCUGGGACACGGGGAGCCACCGUGCCCCUACCUUGGUAUGAAUCUAAGGGCAGAGGCGGCACCAGCCCAUCUCAAAGGUUGGCCCUCCUCCUACCAUCCACCCCCAAGGGACUCCUGCAGGGCUUACCAGUGCCGCCUCAUUCUUUCACAUUCCUCAUACACCCCAGGGGAGCCACGCCGCCCUCCUCACCUCCGGGCUCUAGAAGCAGCACUGAAGGCUUUCACAGCACCUCAGCAAGUCCUCUGACAUUCACUCUUCAUGAUCUUUCACAAAAAAGUAGACUGGUUAACAUUAACAAAUGCAGUAAGACAGCAAGACGGCACUGUCCCUUCACACAGGGCCUUAGCCCCCCGGCCCCUCUGCACAGAAGAAGCAGUGUUUUCAUUAAAGUCCCCCAGAGUCCUAAGUGCUGCACUGACCUGAGUCGCCAGUUUAAAGUAGAAUGGGUGAAAACACUGUUUCCAUCAAAUGAAAGCCUCAGGGAAGGGGCUGAGGUGGAGUGUGAGAAGUGCAAAGGGUUCAGUCAAGACCUUCUAGAUACUCAUCUUUAA